AUGGGAGAACCCGUCGACGAGUCAUCAGUGACUCGCAUCUUCAUUACAGGAUUGCCCCCGUCGUUGACAAAAGAACAACUGCGAUCUCAUUUUGCCGCCAAAUACGUUGUCACCGACUGCCACCUUGUCUCCGGACGGCGGAUUGGUUUCAUUGGCCUCUCUGACCAUGCCACUGCUCAAAGUGCCGUCAAAUACUUCGACCGCACUUUCAUGCGCAUGUCCAAGAUUUCCGUCAGCCUCGCUAAACCCGUCGAAAUGAAGCGCGAUUUACACGGACACGCCGCACCCGUCUCCCAGCGGCGUCAAGCUGGCCAAGGGGACCAGCUGAGAAACAAUUCUCACAAGAGAAAGCGAGAUAUAUAUGACGACGGAGAUAAUGAUGGGCAGAGGGCAUUGUCCAAACCAUCCGUACCUCAACCACAUGGCGAGAACACAAUAGCAAUCACCUCAAACCCCCCUCAAGCGGAAAGACAUUCAUCACCCCAAGACACCCAAGAUAUGGACGAGGGCAACACUCCCCUCGACAACCAUGCAUCUGAUGCCGAUUGGAUCCGGGGGAAGACGAACAGGCUUCUUGAUCUUGUGGAAACUGAGCACGAGCCAGCGUCUGUUGACGAUGCACACCAUGUUCCUCCCGCUACCAGUCCUGCGAUGCCCUCCUCCGACCCUAGACCCCAGGCAGAGAGAGAUUCACAAGAGCCAGCUCCCGGCGAUGUCAUACAGCCGCAACUGGUUCCCAAUGCGCGUUUAUUUCUCCGCAAUCUACCUUUCACCACCACAUCCGAUUCCCUUCGCAGCAUAUUUUCUCCAUAUGGCAUGAUUUCUGAUAUCCAUCUUGUCAAAGACACUCGCACUGAUUCCGGGAAAGGACUGGCUUACGUUCAGUUUGUGGAGUCUCAAGAUGCUGGUAGAGCACUUCUCGAACUUGAUGGCAAGGACUUUCAGGGGAGACUCAUGCAUAUUCUUCCUGCCUCUGAUAAGAAGGCUCAAAAGCUCGACGCCUUUGAGAUCUCCAAACUACCGCUGAAACAACAAAAAGCCCUGAAGAGAAAGUCAGAGGCUGCCACCUCCACCUUCUCCUGGAAUUCUCUUUACAUGAAUCCAGACGCCGUACUUGCCUCGGUUGCUAAUCGACUUGGUGUGACAAAGGCCGAGCUCUUGGAUCCAUCCUCGACAGAUGCAGCUGUCAAACAAGCCCACGCCGAGACAAGUGUGAUUAGAGACACAAAAGCUUAUCUCAAAUCCCAGGGCAUGAAUGUCGAGGCAUUCAAAAAUCAUGCCAGAGAUGAUACUACCAUACUGCUGAAGAACUUUGCCUUCGGUACGACGACGGAAGAAUUGUCUCAGCUUCUGGCUCCAUUUGGGAAGGUGAUCCGCCUGAUAUUCCCCCCAACUGGCACCAUUGCUGUCGCGCAGUUUGAAGAGUCUACUGGCGCCAGACUGGCUUUAAAACAACUCGCUUAUCGAAAUCUGAACGGCUCGGUUCUUUAUCUUGAGAAGGCGCCAGAAGGUGUCUGGGCCUCUCAAAAGGUCCCCAGCACCGAAGUGACUGCGGAUACAAACACUGCCGCUCAGCCUGAUAACAAUACUACUAUGUCCCCGACGACUACCCUGUUUGUCAGAAAUCUGAAUUUCAGUACCACAAGUGCGAAGCUCUCUGAAACUUUCCGGCCUCUUCCUGGCUUCCUCUCUGCCAGAGUCAAGACGAGGACGGAUGCAAAACGACCCGGCCAGGUCUUGAGCAUGGGCUUUGCAUUCGUAGAGUUUCAGACUAAAGCUCAUGCUGAAUCCGCUGUCUCAACCAUGAACGGUCGAUCUCUGGAUGGGCAUGACCUCGUUGUACAAAUCUCCCAAAAGUCAACCGAUGCUGCGGAGGAACGGCGAAAGGAGGACACAGCGAAAAAGCUGAAUGCCAACAAGACAAAGAUCAUUGUCAAAAACCUGCCGUUCGAAGCGUCCAAAAAGGAUAUCCGUGCAUUGCUGGGACCUUAUGGAAAGUUACGAACCGUCCGUCUACCUCGGAAAUUCGACAACAGUGCUCGAGGAUUUGCCUUUGCUGAGUUUGUCACUGCAAAAGAGGCCGAGAAUGCCAUGGAUGCCCUUUCCAAUACUCAUUUACUGGGUAGGAAACUUGUGCUUGACUUUGCCGAGGGAGAGGCGAUCGACCCCGAAGACGAAAUUAGUGCUAUGGAGAAAAAGAUACAGGGCCAUCAAAGUGUAUUGACCCAUCACAAGUUGACCGGGUCGGCUCGGAAAAAGUUUAACCUUCAGGGAGCACGAGAUGAUUUCGACCCUCUGUAA